AUCCCGUGGUCGAGGAAUUCUCGAUUGAUCGCCCAACCUUUUCCUCAUCCCAGCUCUCCAUUGCGAGAUCGAAUUCGUCCUUCCCAUAUCGAGAGAGGGAAAGUGAGAAAGAGAGAGAAAGAGAGAAUGACGCUGCUGUGCGUACCGCUGGUGUCGAAGACGGUGGAGCAGAUGGUGGCCGACAUGGCCGCCGCCAAGGCCUGCGGCGCCGACCUCGUCGAGAUUCGGCUCGACCACCUCUCCAACUUCGAUCCCCGCCGCGAUCUCCAGCUCCUCCUUGACGACCGGCCGCUCCCGGCCCUCGUCACCUACAGGCCAAAAUGGGAAGGAGGUGAAUAUGAAGGUAAUGAUAAACAGAGAUUCCAGGCACUGUGCUUAGCCAUGGAAUUAGGUGCUGAAUAUGUCGAUGUUGAGCUUAAGGUUGCUGAGGAUUUUGUUAGACUAAUAUCUGAAAAGAAGCCAGAGAACUUUAAGCUUAUUAUUUCUUCUCAUAACUAUCAAAGCACCCCAUCAAAUGAGGAGUUAAGUAGCCUUGUAGCAAGAAUUCAAGCUGCUGGAGCUGACAUUGUAAAGAUUGCAACCACUGCUGUGGACAUUGUUGAUGUUGCACGCAUGUUCCAAGUAAUUGUGCAUUGCCAAGUCCCGAUGAUAGGAUUGGUUAUGGAGGAGAAAGGCCUAAUCUCGAGGUUGCUUUGCCCUAAAUAUGGUGGAUAUCUAACAUUUGCCACCCUUGGCGCGGGAAAGGAAUCAGCUCCAGGACAACCAACGAUAUCAGACUUGUUGAAUGUGUACAAUAUUAGGCAGAUUGGAACAGAUACAAAAGUUUUUGGGAUUAUAGGGAAGCCUGUAGGCCACAGUAAGAGCCCUAUUUUGCAUAAUGCUGCAUUCAAGUCAGUUGGUCUCAAUGCAGUUUAUGUGCCAUUUUUGGUAGAUGUCCUUGCUGAUUUUCUAAAUGCCUACUCAUCAGCAGAUUUUGCUGGGUUCAGUUGUACAAUUCCCCACAAAGAAGCUGCAGUUAGAUGUUGUGAUGAGGUUGAUCCAAUUGCAAAGUCUAUAGGUGCUGUAAAUACAAUUGUUAAAUGGCCAACUGAUGGGAAAUUAAUUGGUUACAACACUGACUAUGUUGGUGCAAUAUCUGCAAUCGAGGAUGGAAUAAGAGGUUCAAAGGGGGUGGGAAAGGACGAGACUGUUUCUCCCCUUGCUGGUAAGGUUUUUGUUGUCAUAGGUGCUGGUGGUGCUGGUAAGGCUCUUGCUUAUGGAGCAAAGGAGAAAGGAGCAAAGGUUGUGAUUGCAAAUAGGACAUAUGAACGAGCUAGAGAGCUUGCAAACUUGAUCGGGGGUCAUGCAUUGACACUUUCUGAAUUGGAAAAGUUCCAUCCAGAAGAUGGAAUGAUUCUUGCAAACACAACAUCGAUCGGAAUGCAGCCAAAUGUUGAUGAGACCCCCCUCAAGAAGCAAGCUCUUGGGGCUUAUGCUGUGGUUUUUGAUGCCGUCUACACCCCCAAAGUGACUAGACUUUUGAGGGAAGCAGAAGAAUCUGGAGCCACUGUUGUUAGCGGACUUGAGAUGUUCAUAAGGCAAGCAAUGGGACAAUUUGAACUGUUCACAAAUCUGGCAGCCCCUGAGAACUUGAUCCGUGAAAUUGUGAAGAAAUACACAUGAAAUGAUAAUUGCAGUCCAAUGCAGCAACACGAGACAGCUAAGUUUUAUGGUGUGUCUGCCUGUUUCAAUCAAAUUCUUUACUAUGUUUCAUAAUAUCAUGUAUGAUGGUUCCUCAUUUUCUGCAAUGGAGGCAAAAAUAUAUUCCCACUGUUGUUGUACAAGGCCUGGAGUCCAGUUUGCUCUAAAUAAACCUAUUGGCCUCGAGUUGAAUACUGUAUGUUGAUCAUAUUGCCUUUUUCAUUGAAAACCCAAUCUCGAGGUAAAAAUAAGCCAGAUUGAUGAUACUUUUUCUGAGCAUUAAUUACAUUUCUCCAAUUAGCCCCCAGGA